UAGAUGCCAAGCAAUUUGAUAUCUAUCAAUAUCUAUCAAUGGGUGUAGCUUCUACUAGUCUGUUCGAUCAGCCAACUGGUGUAAACCAACGUGGGCGAUUAAUGUCUUUCUGUAAGUCAUCCCUGAGAUUCAUCAUUUGCGCAGUGUCAGCCCCUUUAUGCACAAGUAUAAGGACAGAAAUCAAGUGCAAGUACAUGUAAGUGAAAUACAGUGGAAGCCUUAUUUUUUAGACUCUCACAGUAAUCUGCGAUUACUUCGCCGUCGAAAUUUAUAACUCAACGUGUUUCGAGUGAAACUUUAUUCGUAAUAACCAUACAGCUGAAGUAACGGUUUAUGGAUGGCUAAUGCCUAUAUGUCUCAAUUUUGUGUUCGAAAGCGAAAAUCAGCUGUUGCGUACACAUGUAUGUUUUUUUUGUAAUCUGCCGUCACGAUAAGUUGAUAAGUUGUAGAACAGUCAAGAGAAGAAGUUUGAAAAGUUUGAGAUCUAUCUAGUUGACUCUGAGAACUUAACUCCGAGUUACACGAUGAUAGUGUUCAACAACGUUUGGGGGAUUCCCUGAACUUCGAACUACCGCUGCUUCCGCAUUCAAAAAGGUCUCGAAGGUAAAUCGGAACUGAUGAAGUAUUUGGGACAGAUUUGCACGCUUACUAAGUUAAACGAUCGUGUAUCGCAAGAAUACAAUGAAAAAACGAGACCAUUGAAAAACUUUUCUUUACCCCGUAAAUAGCAAGGAGUGAGAAUUUCGGUCAAACAAUGGGGCAAAGAACAUCAGGGUUUCUUUCUCAAGUUUUUGCUUUGACUGUGUGAAUCGUAUAUAAUCAAAUUAAUUCACCCCGCUGUAUCAGGUUAAAAAUGAAAUCCCUUCACAAAACAUCUCUUGAAGUAGCUAUUUUAAUAUAAUUUUUAAAUUUUGCCCAACGUGCACUUUCUGCGUAUUAAUAUGCAGUGUGUCGGGAGAUAAGAAUGUUUUUCUCGUCACUUCCCAGGUAGCAGUCGAUACACUGUACACAACUGUGUAAUAUUCACCAAGCAUAUUUUUUUUAAAAAUAGCUUUCAAGCAUUUAAAAUAUUUCAUACGAGAUAACGUUUAUCUUCUCUUUUAGUAAUCGACAUUUACAUUUACCAGUUAGUUGUCAAAAGAAGAUCUAUACGAAAGAUAGUGUGUAGCCAAAUUUACGAGACUCCCUCAUCUGACAUUUCCCGAACGACUAGGCUUACGAGAAACUUCAUUUAUGCGGUAGAAUUACGCUUUAGAAGGAAAUCAGUGUCAUAAGUUGAAUGUUUUGCAUCAAUAUUUAUCUUUAUGUUUAGCAUGACACUGCAUUUCCUUCAUUUCAGUAUGUUUCAGGUACUUAAUUAAGUGUUCUUUUGUAAACUGGCUGAUGCAACGUGCAUCGCAGAUCUAUUUUCACUCUGAUCUCCUUCGAAACAGACUUAUUUCUUGUGAAACUGCCAAAACAAUGUAAUGUUUUACAAAGGCCAGGUUGUCACGUUUCAAGCUCUUAAAGACAAAUAUUUUCUUCACAGAUAAUACAAAUACUUUCACUUCACUAUCCGAACGGUUGAAAGCAUUUAAGAAUCAGGUGUGUAAAGUGUGGAGCAAAGCAAGUUUCCAGAUUUAUCCAAGAAAAUACAUUAAUUUAUAUUUCAAAGAGGCAUGCUGACUACGCAUGGCUUAACUGAUUUGCAUAUUUAGCUUAAUCGCUGGUUCGUGUUGGCAUUUAAAAUAUUUAUGAUACAACAUCCGCAGGUAUUACCCGUAAGGGAUUUUAGAGCUUUAUGUCAUUCUCUGAUGAGAAGGAUAUGGAAGCAGUCGCAUCAGAUAAUCGAACAUAUGCAUUUGCCACAAAUGGAACACAACCAGAAGGAAAUGUUCUGUGGUUGACCAUUUCGAAAAAAAACCAACAACCUCAAAAUGAAUAACCUGAUACUUUUUUUUCAAAACGCAGUUCUCUGUGGCCAAAUUACUCAAAAUGUAUCAUGUAUAUCAUGCUAAGAAAUUUCAUAUCUCAGCAAAUUCCUCAGUUAAACCAACACGGAACGAGUAACCAAAACUUGCUUUACUGGUGAAAAGAUACUUAGCUCAGCACAUACUUCAGUUAAAUAACUCGGAACGAGUUACCAAAACCUGCUUCACUGGUGAAAUGAUACUUGCGGUAAAAUCUGCUCAGCAUAAGUAAUGUUGCAUGGUACUCUAAGGUAACUGAAUUGAAACGCGUCUAUGAUUUAUAUUCUGACUGAUGUUUUUCCCAUAGAUAUUGAUUAUUUACGAUUCAAGAAUCAUUCUCUAUGCCUGGAUACUACUUAACGACAAUUGAUCGAUCUGAAAUCGACAAAGAUAACUUAUGUCCUAAAUGUGACAAGCUCCUCAAAGAGGCAGUACAGACCAUAGCCUGCGGCCACAGAUACUGUAAGGCAUGUGUGGAAGACAUACUAAGGUAGGUUAAGGUGGAUUUGGCUCAAUACAGAUGUAAGUUUCUAUUUCAUAGGGAAUUAUUGCGAUGACUCGAUACUCUUUGAUUAUAGAUUAUGUUUGGUGUUUCCAACCAUAUGUAGUUAAAACAUAAGUGAAGUAGAUUUAUGGCAAUCGGUGUACUUAGUAGAAGUCAUGAACUAAUACUUGAAUCAAGUCUGUACUUUGUGACAAGUAUGUACGAUAGUCAAUCAUGCAUCUAGAAGCUUUUAGCUUUGUUUGUUUGUUUUUAUUUUAACGUUACUUUCUUAGCUCAGCAUGCAUCUUAAUGCUUUCAAAUCUAGAUGCAUUCUGAAGCUCUUGCCUGCAUCUGUUUCCAACCAGGACAGGGUUACAUUCUUAAUUUAAGGAAAGUGGUUUAGGCUACAUUUCUAUGAAUUCGCUAAGGUCUUUGUAUUCUUUAUAAUCUUCAGUCAGGGACCAAGAAAAUGUGUCAUAGAUGGGACAAUCAUUCAGCGAGAACAGGUAAGUUACUCUUUCAAAUCCCGAAAAUCUUUGGAAUUUUACUUUUCUUACUAAAUCAGUAGUAAGGUAUCAAAUUAUUUUGCCAGGCUCUCAGAUCAAACGGCGGAAAACGACUUAAUCAAGCGAGAUGAUCGCCUGCUUCUCCACUGAACGAGACCGAAGCAUGAGUCACCAGCAGCCUUACAAGAACGACUUGAAGAAUCACAUUCGCAUUUUAAGAAAAUUAUAAGAGUUGAAACAUUAUGAACUAAAGUACCAGAGAAAGAGCGCUCAAAAUUUCCUGCGUUAUCAAGGCCUUGAGGCAGAUCGGAUCGAUACUGAUCGCUUAUUUCAUAUUUUUGACUUUUUUCUGAUUGAUACUAUAUCUUCAAUAUCUUUUUCUUGUCUGUGUUUGUAUCCUAGGUUUUUCAGGACCGAUUUAUUGAGCGAGAAAUCCAGUCAUUGACGUUACACUGCGUCAACCAUGAGCACGGUUGUGAAUGGAAGGAUGAACUGAGAAAACGAGAAGUAAACCUUAUUAUGUUACGGGCCAUUUUCCUUUGAGUGUCGAAAGAAAUACUUGAUUACCCUCUUAAGCAGUCAGAUGCUGCGGAACUUAAAUCAAUGUCGACUUUCCGCGUUUGCCCUUUGUCCUGAUUGGUCAUUGUGAUUACUUUGGUAUUGCGAAACUCAGUCGAAAUGCGCUUUAUUACUGAUUCCCAAUGUGAUUUAUUCAAAUAUGUAUUUUUCCUCCCCAACCCCUAUUGUCAGCUAUCAAUGCUGACAAAACCUCGUGAGGUUCGACGUCAAUAAUUAAGAAAUCCACUGCUUAUCGUUUUAACGUAAUUUUUAAUGUGGCUGCCUCUUUACAGGCCCAUGAAGCUGUUUGUGAGUAUGUGAAAGUACACUGUGUUCACUCCGAUUGCGGCGAACUGGUGACUAGAGCCCAGUUAGCAGACCAUCUGGAACAAAGGUGCCAGUAUAGGUUGGACACAUGUGAGUACUGCCAUGCUCAAGUCAUUUUUGCAGUUGUAAAGGUACGUACAGAGACAACUAAAUAAUUAAACAACCUACCAACGUGCACAACUCAACGGACAUUUCUCGAUGAAGAUAUCCUUAGCUUGUGCGUCGAUACGACGAAUCGCCCUGACAUUUAAGCUGUCACUGCAACGUCUCUAAAAAUGCACUGUCAUUUGAAAGUAUUUCUCUGACCGAAGUGGACAAAGCUCAAGUUCACCUGACAACAACAACGACUAUAAUCAUCUUUUUAAAAUUUAGUGUUACACGUUGGUCUGUGUCUUGGUCUGUGUCUCGCAUGAAUUCUUUUCGUUUGCCUUUGAAUAAAUAGACAUCGUGAAAUUCAAAAUGCUUGAAUGGUCGCUGAGACCUGCCCCAGUCGAAACUCUCUUGGUGAACAAUUUCGUAAGCUGGAAGCCCUCCUUACCAUCUUCUCGCCAAGAUUUGCGUCAAAAAUCGAGGUGCCCAAAUUACACAAUGAUCUUCUUUCCAAGCUCUCAGAAGCUUCGAUGUGGCUGAGCAUCAUGACAGAAGCAUAAGGUGGUACGUAAUACGUGUGAUGCUUUCGUAAUUUUGUCUAAUGGAUGCUUUCUGUUAUUCUCACGAUAGGAACAUCAUGAAACCCAGUGCCCUCUGGUGCUAAUCGAAUGCGCAAAGUGUAAUAGGAAGGACAUUCCUCGUGGGCAGGUAAGCUCAGAUAUACUUUCUUAAUUGGUUGAUUAGAAAGGUAAUUCUCUUGAACUACCAUCUGCGAUUUUGGAUAAGGAAAAUAAGCAAGUACGGUGCUUUGAUCAGAUAUGGUGCAAUUACUACUUAGUAUCGAGAAAUUUGUAUAUUCUUUCUAGAUCAAUACGCUUGUCUGCCAUUUCAAUACGCGUAACCAACCCAAAAGUAAUAAUGAUCGGUAAUUAAAUUAAUUAAAUUAGGAGUUGGUAACUCACCAGAUACUGUUAACUGCGUGCCAUUGUUAGCCCUGUUGUGUCAUCGUUAAUAGUCAUCUGUAAUUAAGCAGGGAGUUCCAGAUGAUACGACGUCAUAUGAUUACCCGUAAUACGCAUACUUGCGCGCUCAUUUUGGCAAGUUAAAGUGUGCAGAUUAUUUACUCUGGAAGUAUUUAUACGGACGGGCCAAAACACUGCUGGGUUAUAUUGGCGUCUGUUGAACAGGAUCAUGAUGUUUAGCACAUGACAGUAGCUUUUACGCUAGUAUUGAAUUAACUUUAGCUUGUCUCGACAUUUUGAAUCCAUUUCUAGAUGGCUUCUCAUAUUGACCCAAUGAACGGAGACUGUGAAGAGAUAACAGCUCCUUGUCCUUGGUCGCAAAUCGGAUGUCCUGAAUCUAAGGUUCGUGUUGGGAAUAAACAAAAAGUGUGAACGUUUAAAUUUUCACCCAUUUUUAAGAUGUUUUUGAGGUUUCGAACUGAUUUUGAACGGUGAAAUGUGUAUUCUCUGCAUUAUAUCAGAUUUUUUUUAGUUGACAUUAUUUGAUUAUUGUACAGAGCAAACCCCAGAAGUUGAAUUUAUUGAUUGGUAAUUGUAUCGUUGAAACAUCUUUCUCUGCUGAUUUUCACGAAAGAUUUGCACCCUCUUGCCUUUCAGACCAUGAAGCUGCGAGAUAGAAAGGUUCAUGACGAGAGAAAUGUUGCUGAGCAUAUGAUGCUCCUCUUUCAAACAGUCAUGCAACUUCUCUCUUUGGUAGGGAGUAACCUUCGGGAACCAAACUGCGUCAAUAAUAAAGAUGUAAAUAUGCCAUCCCAGAAAGAAUUGGAGAGAUUUGCUGAACAGAUUGAGUACGCGUUAAAAGAGAAAGAAGAAUUAAAAUCCAAGUUGUUGCGGCAAGAACAACGCAUACACCAGUUAGAAAGUGGUGGUGCUGGGCGAAACGAACCUAUUCCGAAUUCAUCUGCAAUAGGUCAAGAAUCAACGAUGGAGCUCUCACGGCGACUUCGCAAUGAAGAAGCUAAAACAGCUGACCUUGAAGUUCUCAUCAUCGAAGGGAACAGACAGAAUGAAGAUCUUCAACGGCAGGUUGCCACUUUAGCGAGAGCACUGGAAGCUGCCAAAGAGACGAUUAACAGGUUACAAAUGCAGUUUGAGUCCAUGAGUCACUCCCUGGCUUUGCGCAAUGUCACCCUGAGCGAUUUAGAGGAAUACGUGACACAACAAGAAGUAUCCAGCCACGACGGAGUCUUACUGUGGAAAAUUUCCGACUUCGCCAGGAGACGACGAGAUGCACAGUCAGGAGGUCAAGUGUCAUUUUACAGCCCGUGUUUCUUCACAAGUCGUUAUGGCUAUAAGAUGUGUGGGCGUAUCUAUUUAAAUGGUGACGGCAUCGGCAAAGGAACCCACAUCUCAAUCUUCUUUGUGGUGAUGCGCGGACAGUAUGACGCGAUGCUCCGCUGGCCAUUCAGACAGAAGGUUACCUUCAUGUUAUUGGAUCAAGAUAAUGUGGAACACGUGAUUGACGCAUUCCGACCAGAUCCUAACAGCUCCUCUUUCCAGAGGCCAAGAAGGGAAACGAACAUAGCAAGUGGAUGUCCUACCUUCUGCCCCCUGUCGGAGUUAAACAACCACGCUUACGUCCGGGAUGACACCAUGUUCAUAAAAAUCAUAGUGGACACCACAGAUUUGUAAACCGGCCAGAAAACUUUUCAGAGUGGUAAUUUGGUGAAAACUUCUCGUAGUGUCUUAACGUUUUCUGCCCCAGUCUGGUGUCGUUGACUUCUGGAAGCUAAAAAGCUAGCUCAAUAUUCUUGAGCAAACUAAACGACCUCUUUUUAAUGACGAUUUUAGCCCUUAGAAUGAAUAUGAAUUUUAAAUGAAUGAUCUAUAUUUAGAAGGCGGACAUCGAUGGGAAGUUUUGCAAUAACAAUUUACUUUAGCCUUUAUAUUUUUGUGACAGUGGAAGGUCGAUAUCUAGAAGGCGGAUAUCGAUGGGACGUUUAGGAAUAAUAACUCACAAGAUACUAUAAACUAUUUGUAAUCUUUUGCAACUUACUGUGACAUUUAUAUUUACAUGUAAGUGGUAGUGGUGGUUAACUAAGAUAAGUUUUGUUUGGGGUUUUUUUUUUGGACCUGCCUGGCAAUAUUCACCACCUGAAAUUAACUUUGCAUGUAUUUAACGGAACUUAGGAAAUUUGAUAUUUAAUUCGAAUUAUUGUCUUCAAACAUUAUUUAUUUAGGUUUAACAAAUUACUUCUUUAGCCAAGCAAAUUAAUUCGAGGGUUUUCCCCCGGGUUCUCCGGUUUUGCUCAGUAUCAUAAUAUGUUGUUGGUCGGCCAGAUUCUCUUUGUGAAUGCGUUAAGUAAAUUGUUUAAAAAGGUCAAGACUUUAGCUACUUCCUUAAACACCGACUAUUUAACCGGUGAACGUGUGUGUCAGCCUCAUUUAAAAUCUUUACUUAGAAGAGAGUGUGAUUGUUACUUAGUUGUAAGGGUAGCUUGAAUGAGUAGCUAGUCAAACAAGCUCUUUCGGGUCUCUCUCCUUCCCUCUGCCCCAAAGAAGGUAUAAAAGCACAUAAGCCGAGGGGCAGAUGGUUAGGGUGUAGUAAUUCUUAUGAUACAAGAAAACGGACCCUGGGCUUGUGAGAAACUGACAGUGCCAAUAUUGGAAAGGGACAUUUUUAAACGCCUAUAUCUCAUCAAGCUUAUUACCUUUCGUUAGGGAAAAAGAAAAAUAUAUGAUCACUAACUUUUAAACUCCUGAUAUUGCCUCUCUAGUGAGGCUGAUUGUUUCACUGUACUUCGGUUAUUAGCUUGUUGUGUACACUAAAACAGAGGCUAGCUUUUAAAGGCGCGCUCGGAUUGGUCACUUAAACUCCGAAUAUCCUUUGCUACUCACCUCCGAAGGCUCGCACGGGAUUUGCGCCCGAGAA